AUGGGCCGUUCGGGCAAGCUGCGCUCUGGCUGUGCCAGUAAACUCAAGCGUUGGCGUAAAGGACACAGCAGCGACAGCAACCCGGAGGGGCGGCGCUACCGCCUGGCAGCGCGUGGCCGUUUGCUCGCCCCCCGAUCAGAAAACAGUGAUCUGACUGUGGAUGCACUGAAACUGCACAAUGAGCUGCAGUCAUCAGGCCCACUUCCUGCUUUUUGGGAUGGGGAGGGUGCCCAGACCCGUAUGGAAGAUGACAACAAUGCAGAAACAAAGACCCACAAAUCCUCAGCCACCUUCUUGAGUGGCCUGAGCGACUGCACCAAUCUCACCUUCAGCAAAGUGCAGCGUCUCUGGGAGUCCAACUCUGCUGCUCACAAAGAGAUCUGUGCCGUGUUGGCUGCUGUCACAGAAGUGAUCCGGGCACAAGGUGGCACAGAGAGUGAGACAGAAUAUUUUGGUGCACUGAUGACAACUCUAGAAGCGGUUGAAUCGCCAGAAUCCAUGGCUGCUGUAGCUUAUUUGCUCAAUCUGGUGCUAAAGCGGGUCCCAGGUCCUGUGCUUAUCAAGAAGUUCUCUGAUACCUCCAAGGUGUUCAUGGGGAUCUUGGGCUCCCAAGCCUGCGGAAGCUCCACCUUGGCCCUGCGCUGGGUGCUCUCCUGCUUAGCUACAUUGCUGCGGAGACAGAAUCUAGUAGCUUGGAACUACCCGGUCACGAUGCAAGUUUUCCAUGGCCUUCUCAGCUUUACUGUCCAUGUCAAGCCCAAGGUCCGCAAGGCUGCCCAGCAUGGUGUUUGCUCCAUCCUGAGAGGCAGUGAAUUCCUGUUUGGAGAUGGGGCUCCCUCACAUCAUCCAGCGGCAUCCUCGACUGCAAAGUUCUGCGUGCAAGAGAUUGAGAAGGCUGGAGGUGCGAAAGAGAUCACCACCACCUUGCACGUCCUCACUCUGCUGCGUGAAUUGGUGCCUUGCCUACCUGCCUCGUCGGUCAAACCCUGUUGUGAGACCUUGCUUCGCGUCAUGACCCUCAGCCAUGUGCUGGUAACGGCGUGUGCCAUGAAUGUCUUUCAUAGCCUGUUUGCUGCCCAACCGCCUUCAUUGUGCCUGCCAGCCGAGCUCAAUGCCCAGAUCAUUACCGCCCUGUAUGACUAUGUGCCCAGUGAGGGUGACUUGCAGCCUCUCCUGGCCUGGCUGGCUGUCAUGGAGCGGGCACAUGUCAACUUGGCAAGGCUGCAAUGGGAGCUGUGCUGGGCUCACCUUUCUCGCUUCUUCGGUGCAGCCAUGGUCGCCUUCCUUUCCCCACAUGCCCAGGUGGUGUCAGCUGGUGCCCAAACCCUGAAGGUUCUGCUCAAUGAGUGUGUGGCCCCUCACAUGGCCGAACUGGGGCUGGUUUCCUCUGCUACCCCUUCUGGACCUGCUGCCCACGUCUGCAAGAUGUUCAGAGCAGUGGAAGAAGGCCUAAUGUACCGGUUCCACGGAGCCUGGGCCUCUGUGUUGCAGGUUCUGAAGACUUUCUUUGAGGCAUGUGGGCGCCAGUGUCAUCCCAUGAUGAGAAAGUGCCUACAAUCCUUAGCUGACCUCCGUGGCUCCUCACACUUUCCUCACACCAUGUUGCUCGACCAAGCUGUUGGGGCUGCCGUGGCUACCAUGGGCCCUGAGGUGGUGCUGCAGGCUGUGCCCCUGGGUAUCGAUGGCACAGAGGAGACCCUGGAUUUCCCUCGCAGCUGGCUCCUCCCUGUGCUUCGGGACCACAUCCAUGAUGCACCCCUUGCCUUCUUCUGCAGUUACUUCUUGCCACUGGCUACCACGCUAAAAAACAGAGCCACAGACCUUGCCCAAGCAGAACGGCACUUAGAAUCCAAGAUCUAUGAUACUCUGCAGUGCCAGGUCUGGAACCUCUUGCCCAGUUUCUGCACCCAUCCUACAGAUGCAGCCGCCUCUUUCAAGGUCCUGGCACGCACCUUGGGAAUGGCCAUCAGUAACCGAUCUGAUCUGCGGCUUAUAGUUUGCCAAGCUCUUCGCAGGCUAAUAAAUAAGGGUUGCCAGACAGAUGCUGAACAUGCUGAAGUCGGGCGCUUUGCAAAGAACUUCCUGCCCAUCCUGUUCAAUGCUUAUAGCCAGCAGGAUGCUGCCACUGAGAGCCCUGUGCAAAGACGCUCUGUGCUGGACACUAUCCGAGCCUAUUUGACAGUCACAGAGCCUCAGAUGGUGUGUGGAUUCUUGGAAAAAGCUACUGAGAAACUGACCAGUCCUGAUAAUUCGGAGUUUACCAGGCUCUCCAUGUUGGACCUUGUUGUCGCCAUGGCUCCCUACGUUGAUGAGAGGUCUCUACAUUCUCUCUACAAUACUAUCCAGCCCUCUUUGCAGAACAAAGACCAUGGGAUCCAGAAGAAGGCGUACCGGGUACUGGAGGAGGUGUGUGCCUCUGAGCGGCCUUCAUGUCAGAACUUUGUGCAAAGCCACCUGAAGGAGCUGCAGAAUGCUCUGUUGGGCUCCCUGCCCAGUGCAGCCUCACCUGCCAAGAGGCCCCGGCUGAAGUGCCUCUUCCAUGUUGUCAAACAGCUCACAGCAGAGCAUGAGGACUUUGUCACUGCCCUGGUGCCAGAGGUGAUACUCUGCACCAAGGAGGUAUCUGUGGGUGCCCGCAAGAAUGCCUACAAUCUGCUUGUAGAGAUUGGUCAUGCCUUCCUGCGCUUUGGCCCUACUGCCCAUGAUGCCAUGCAGCGUUACCUCCUCUUGGUCUAUGCAGGCUUGAUUGGCUCGGUCACCAUGAUGAGCUGCACUGUUCUUGCUCUUGCCCGGCUGCUGUUCGAGUUCAAAGAACAUAUCAGCCCAGUUGCCUUAGAGCAGCUGGUACAGCAUAUCUGCCUCAUGGUCGGCUCACGGACACGAGAUGUUGUCAAAUCAGCCCUGGGCUUCCUCAAGGUGGCGCUGUUGCUCUUGGAUGAAGCUUUGUUGGGACGGCACCUGCAGACCAUGCUGGAAGCUAUCGGAGGCAUGAGCGAUGACAUGAGGCGGCACUUCCGCAUGAAGUUGCGAAACCUUCUCUCCAAGCUGAUCCGCAAGUUUGGCUUUGACCCUGUGCAGGCUUUGCUCCCAGAGCCGUACUGCAAGGUGCUACUGAAUAUCCGCAAGGCUGAGGCAAGGAAUCGCAAGCGGCAAGCUUUGAAACGGGCAGCAGGCUCUGUAGAAGAGGACAGACCAGUGAGGCCCAAGGGAGACAGCAUGGAGGAGGUCCUGGCAGACUCAGACUCUGACUUGGAAGAUGACAGCAAACAGCGUGAUGGUAAAGAGACCAGGAAGGCAUUACGGCAAAGAGCGCAGGCCUGGCUCAAAGAAGGAGAAGGCGAUGAGCCCCUCAACUUCCUGGACCCUCAUGUGGCACACAGGGUUCUGGCUACCAAGCCAGGCAUUAGUAAGGCUGGGAAAGUCAGCCAUGACUUCAAGGUGUCAGCUGAUGGGCGCCUUAUCAUAUGUGAAGAGGAAGAUGAAGAGGAAGAAGAGACUAAAGGAGUGGAUGAGGAGAUGGCGGAUCUAAUGCAGGAAGUUGGGAUCCGGAGCAAGAAGGCACAGAAGCGCCGAUUCCGGGAGGAGGCAGAUGACGAGCAGGACACUGACGCACAGCCACAGUAUAAAGCUGGGGGGUCUGGAAUCCAUCGUCCUGUCGGCAAGAAUGCAGCACCCAGUGUAGAAUACAAGGCAAAGAAAAGCAAAGGGGACAUCAAGAAGAAGGGCCAGCUGGAUCCGUAUGCCUACAUCCCACUGAACAGAGCCAAACUGAACAGGAGGAAAAAGGCAAAACUUCAAGGACAAUACAAGGGCCUCAUGAAGGGGGCCCAACGUGGUGCUCAGGCUGGCAAGAGGCAACGCAAGAGGCAGCCCCAUACCUAAAGGAGAAAGGACUCAUGAAAACUCAGUCAAGG